UAGAGAAGUCAUUAUAGACAGCACUGGUCUGCGCUUACAAAGAUUUUUGCUUUCGCAUGUUUUGAGCUCAAGUGGAAGAGUUUAAUGGCGAAGACAUGUUAAAGACUUCCCUUCAGACAUUGAAAUCACUUGCAAUCACUACAAAACAACAGACUCGAAGAUUUACUAAAAACUCAGUUGUAAUGGAAGCUCAAAACGACAAAGUCUAUGUCCAAUAUAACCACACUGAUUCCUGCAAGUUUUCAAGGUGGACUGCCAGGGAGAGCUUUGAAUUCAUGCAUGCAAGGCCUUGGCAAGAAGUGGUUGAUUUUUACUCCAAAAGUGUUAAUGGGCAAUUGUCAUUGUGGGAAUUGUUUGGAACUCAGGCACAUGAUGUUCAUUGUGAUGAUAAAAUUGAAGAGGUUUCUAAUGAAACUGGAUUAUUAGAGGGUGUUUCAAAUGUCGAUAAGUCUGGGAGGUGGGCAAGGGUAACAUUCAAGAUUGUGCUUUCAUAUCAUGGAGGUUCAUUUGAUGGUUGGCAAAAGCAGCCUGGUUUGAAUACCGUUCAAGGCUUAGUGGAAAAGUCUCUUGGAAGAUUUGUUGAUGAGAAGAAAGCUCAACAGCUAAAACAACAAUGUAAGCCAUUAGAAGGCUGUGCUAGUGUUGCUGGGCGCACUGACAAAGGAGUGUCAGCUCUUCAACAAGUUUGUUCUUUCUAUACUUGGAGAAAAGAUGUUAAGCCUCAUGAAAUUGAAGAUGCCAUCAAUGAUGUGGCACCAGGAAAAGUCAGGGUUGAAUCCAUUUCUGAGGUUUCACGUGCAUUCCAUCCUAAUUUUUCUGCCAAAUGGAGGCGCUAUUUGUAUAUAUUUCCUUUAAAUGAUGGAGAAAAUAGGGAAGAGAUUGAGGGUGAGGGGGGUAUUGAAAAUUUUAGUUCUCAUGAAAAUUGUGAAAAGCAAAGAAAUGAAUGUGGUGAACUGGCCAGUGAGGAGAAUGUUGAAAAUUCAAUAAUCAGUGAUGAGGAUGAACUUAAAGGUGCAAAGAAACCUAGGAGUUUCAGUGUAUGCAGGGUUAAUCAGCUUUUACAACAACUAGAAGGGAAGUUAUUAUCCUACAAAAUGUUUGCACGCGAUACCAAAGCUUCGAGGAAUGUGGGUCCUCCAACAGAAUGCUUUUUAUAUCAUGCUCGAGCCAUGGAAACCAGAUUGCCUUCUCCUGAUCAUGAGAAAGGGAUAAGGGUCAUGUGUGUUGAGCUCAUUGCUAAUCGAUUCCUACGCAAGAUGGUUCGGGUUCUUGUGGCAACCUCGGUAAGGGAAGCAGCUGCAGGUGCACAAGAGGAUGCACUGCUAAAGCUGAUGGAUGCUACAUGCAGACGUGCAACUGCUCCACCUGCGCCCCCAGACGGCCUAUGUCUUGUUGAUGUAGGAUAUACUGAGUUUGACCCACGAAACUGCCUCAUUCCCUAGAUCAUAUCUCAUGGCAAUUUCACAUUAAAUAUUGCUUUCAGCCUACUUUUGAGCGGGUAUGUUAUGCACAUAUGAGCUUUGGACCAUCAUAGGAUUUUGAGUGAUCCUACAUGAAAAUUUUUGUUUCCAGUGACUAAAAGAAAGGAAAAGAAAAGGAAAACGUUACAUGCUAUUUUUUGCA